AUGUUCAAGAGUUCGCGAGAGCUGCAAUGCUAUCUUGAUGAGACCGCUGAUGCGAAGCCGACGCAUCCUUGGCGAAGACUGUUCAUACUUGAAGAUCUACCUCUGAACUACGUUCAAAUUCUCGGCUCACACCUACGCAUUCCCCCAAGUGUCUUCGGCGCCCACUGGGCCGAUCCCGCAGCUCCUUCAUUCAAUCACCGCAAACCUUUCCGUCGUUACUCCGAAAACAACUUCGUCAUAAGGUAUCCUUCCACACAACCGAUUCGCAUUGAUGCUGAUCCCGCGGUUCAUGGACAUACUUUUAAAUGUGACUUCAACAUCGACCGUCACAUACAAUGCUACGACCCAAAAGGGCCGAUCAUCGACCAACCUAAGAGCUAUCAUGCUUUGUCGUUCUGGACAUCUGCUGCCCGGGAAGAUGGCUCAUGGGAUUCGGUUCUAAUAGUAGAUCCACCAGUUGGUAAAUUGGUCAAAUCUCUCUCGGAGAAUGUCAUGCUUGAAGUUGACUACUGUUCGGAAGAUUACGCGUACUCCCGAUUGCAUUCACUAGAUCCCGACUUCCAUGACUUUACAAUAUUAUCGUCGAACCCAGACGACUGGGAUGAAGGAGAGAAGCGCCCACAGUAUACGUCUAUGUUUGACGACAUAGUCGCAAUCCAGCAAAACACGCCAUCCGGAACGAUUGGUCCACGUACAUGCACCGACACCGCUCGUAAACUCGCGAUCUGCUCGUCUCUUUCAUAUGUCCGGAGGCGAAUCCUGACUCUGCUACGACUGCAGACAGAUCCCCUUGCAGCAAAGUCACAUGUCAAUCGAUGGUACUAUCUUCGUAAUUUUGACCAGGGAGUAUUGGGAAACUGGCAGCACGAGGUCUUUGGAUUCAUUGUCGACGUAAAGUUUGUUAUGAGUAUUUUGCUCAUCGAACUGAAGGAAAACCUUGAAGCUUUGGGAUUAUACCGCCCCGGUAGUUCUGACGAACUGCAAUGGGAGCGAGACGGGUGGCUUUCGGUACAAGACCACUGCGGCAAGAUCAUCGGCAUUGCAGAUGCGUUCUUGCAGUCCUACAUGCAGUUCACCACCAUGCAAGAAGCACAAGCUGCCAACAAGAAUGCUUCCAAUCUUGCUCACAUUACCAACCUGACGAUGCUGUUCAUACCGCUUUCGACUAUUGCAGCAAUCUUCUCCAUGGACGACAAGUUCUUGCCUGGGAGGACAAAAGGGUGGAUCUUCUGGGUUACGGCGCUGCCUGUUUUAAUCGUUACUUUUGCGAUUACGACGAAGGCGCGGGCGUGGCUGAAUCAGUACUGGAAGAUGUGCACAGCAAAGCAGAAUCGAAUUCACAUUACGAGUAAGCAUAGAGCUUAG